UCACGCCUUCGAAUGACCUUGCGCGGAUUCUCUGUUCGGUUUUGCGCGGAUUCUCUGUUCGUUAGCUGUAGCGAGAAGGAGUGGUUCUAGAUUCGGUCCAGUCAGUGUAACGGGUCAGGAUCGUUUACGUUAUUAUUAUUCAUUCACGCGGGAUAUUUUUUUCUUUUUGCUGGAGUACGCGUGGUGAAUCGAUGAUGCUCCGCGCCUGCGGUUGGGAAUUUCUGGUGAUGAAUGAAUUGUUUUGUCCAACCUGCCUAUAGCAUCAUGUGAUGCUGCCAUGUUUGAAGUUAGAGGUUGUUUCUAAUUAAAUAGGAUUCUGUUGCUUGGAUAUUAUAGCAAUCACGACGGUCUGAUGAGGACGCAGUAUGGAAGUUCCAUCCAGCCCUGCUUUCUGAAUGUGAAUAUGCACGCCGGCCUCUUGUGAGAUGUAUAGAGCAUGUAGCAUUCAUCGCCGAGCUUUUUUACUCUCAUGUUAUUUUGAUACAACACAUGUGCUCACUCAUCUCAUUUCCAAUAGUUUGCCAUCUGACAUGACAUAACAGUCUCAUAUUAUUGCCACUCAUCUUAUUUGCUUGAAUAGACUAAUCAGUGCCCAAUGGGUUGCACGAUUUUUCUUGCCUGCAUCUACCUUCUGUUUUUGUUCUGGUUUCUUGUGGAGAAAUUUAUGGUGGUUCUGAUGUUUGUUUUGCUAUAUGUGUUACUUGUAUGAUCCAGUGCCUCCUGAUUGGUUAAGAUUACACUCCUAUUGACCUUUUUUUUAUCAAGGUUUCUUUUCAAGUUGUUUUGGUGAGGCUAAGUUGUAAGGUAAAGGCCCAACUUGAGUACAUCCCAAACUACUUUUAAUGAGCUGACCAACUGUUGCUAACAAUUUACCAAGUAAUUAGAACGCAAUAUUGGCAUGCGAUGUAACAUCCCAAGUUUAUUAGCUUGCAAAAAAAUGCAUGACCCUCCACAAAGAGGGCAGUUGCAGCACACAGGUGUGCAGUAGUGAACCUCUUGACACAAGGGACAUUUUCGCAUAAUAAAUGUUAGAAGGGGAAAAAAAAACUAACAUGGUAAGUAUAAUGCCAGCUUUAGAUAGGCAUAUAGUAUUUCUUUUCUUUGUUUGGAAUUCAAUUGCAGGAACAUGGCAUGAAUUCCGCUUUUCAUUAGUGAAGUGUUACCUUAUAUGGGUUUAUGGAGUUUCUUUACUCUGUUUAUUCAUACGCGUGGGUGCUUUUCCUUCCAUCCUCUUAUUUUUGUUUUGCUAUUCUGGGUGGGUGGUGGUGUUACUUUUGAAGACGUCACAGUUUGCUCCACCUAAUCUGACACUAGUUGUGCAAAGCACCACGUUAGAAUUUCCGUGCACGUAACACUGCACUUUACAGCAUUUCUCGACUCUGGGCUGAUCUUUUGAAUUAAUUUGUUAUCUUUUGUAGAAAAAAAAAUUAAAGGAGUGGCAUAAAAUAUCACGGUUGGAAAGGUUACUACUAUAGGAAAAGCUAUUGGAAUUAAUAUUUUGUCUAUCGGAGUAUCAACUUGCGGGUGUGCAUAGUUUGGUUUGUGGGCCAUGUUGAGUUGGAGCCGAAAUUGGUGCCAAGUGCAGCUCAAGGUCAAAAUACUAACCCUGCAGUUUUGCUCAGUAGGUGUCAAAUUAGGAGCAAAUGCAGUGCGCUCUUUUACUUCUAGACAUUCAACAAACAUAGCCAAACGAAAAAAAACAAUGUGGAAAGUUGGUGCAUCACUGAUACUCUUUUGGGCAAGAGGGAAAGAUGAAAUACAGUGGGGUGCACUCGCUGCGAUUUUUGUUUAAUCCAAUAGCUAACGCCAGGAAAAAUGUGCAUAUACUUCCAAAUUUAGUGUUACGUCUGUUCAAAUUUCGAGUUCCCAUACUAACACAUGUUAGGUCAUGAUCGAAUAUGCACUUUCAAACAUAGGUAAAUUACAGUACAUUGUUUCUAUACAAACUUUCGUUACUUUUAGUACUGGAUUGCACGAUUACGGAUUGCAUCCAAUACAGCUGUCUUUCUAGGGGCCCUCCUGUGGUCUAUUAAGUGCUGGCAGUUGAUUUAUUCAUAGUUGAUAAUUAAUAGUACAAGAAUUGCUUGACUGACACUACUCUGAGAUCGACAGAUACAAGCCACCUAUUCAGAGCCACAACACAGAGAUGCCAUAUGGGACAAAAUGUGAUACUACUCCUAGUUCGAUAGAUACAAGCCACCUAUUCAGAGCCACAACACGGAGAUGCCAUCUGGGAUAAAAUGGGAUAGUACUCGAAGUUAGACAGAUACAAGCCACCUAUUUAGAGCCACAACACAGAGAUGCCAUCUGGGACAAAAUGUUGAGAUUUAGAAUGGUAGCUAAGGUGAUAAACUAAGUUCAGUUUUGAGAAUCUAGUGGUUUCACUGCAAACCAUACCAGGUCUUUGUUGCAGUUCACAAAGCACAAACUUUACGUUGAAAUUGAUGUAGAAGCCUGCAAAGUGCAGGAUAAUAGAACACGAAAGGAGCAUUGAGGUUAUGAGGUAUACAGACUGCCCAGUGAUGCUUUCUGUUGUUCCGGACACACUGGGCGGUUCAUCGACUGGAUGGACAGAUGAGAAGCACAUGCUCUAUAUUAGCUCACUGGAGUUAUCAUUUGUUACUAAAUUAUAUGAUGGAGAAGUCAACUCGAAUGGGGUGCUCUGCUGGUCUUCAAGUGAAUGGAGGCAUAAAAAUCAUAAUGGAAAUCACAGAAACAUAGAAGUUGAUCAGCAGGUAUAUAGCAGGAUGGUUGAGGCUGAUGCAGCCGAAUCCAGAUUAUCACAGGCUGAGCAUACGCCUUCAUAUGACGAGGAUCAGGAUGACAGGAAAGCUUAUUAUAUGGAUGAUGAUGAUGAUGAUGCAUCAACUAGUGAUCCAAGACAAGAGGGAAUCAGUUACUAUGCAAGACGGAAGAACUUUGGAGGGUCUUGUACUUCCCAUUUGCACUGGCAUGGGCAUUCCCUUUCUGGAACAGAUUUAUCAGAUCAGAAUUUUGUUGACAAUGAGACUGAAGUUAGCGAGGAACAAAGGAGAGUAUGUAGCAACAAGCGACUGAAACUUGCCGCUGAUACAACCAGUAGUCCGGCCGCUCCAUCUGCAAUUCAUCAUGUGGAAAUAGAUUACAGUGGUAACUCAUCAGACUUUGACAUCAGGUUACUCAACACGGAGCCUGCAUCUCGCAAAAGCCAUGGAUCGAGAGAUGGUCUGUCUAAAGGUUUUCGACUGGAGUAGAUACCUGCCGGGAAAUAAAGAACAUGAGAAGUACUCCCCCGUCUGUUGACAUCCUUUAUGGAACGAAAGGCGUACAGUUUUCGUUUCAGAAAAGGGCAGUACAGUUUGUGUGUAGAGAGUUCAGUGUAUUUAUGUCCAGAUAGUGACAAAAUCGUAGCUGGUCCGGUGCAUAGUUUACGUAGAUGCUAACUCCUUCCUGCAAACUCAACCAGGAUUAGCAGGUUGAUUUAAUUGACUGAACUAGUGUGUAAUACAACACCACUUACAGAAUAUCGAAAUGUCCUAUUUGACCUUGUGACUAAAGACAUUUCGGGGCAAGUAUUAGGUGCA